GUCCACUUUGUACGUUAGAGAAUCAUCGAGGCAGCCCAGGACAAGACCUUUAUAACAGCGGUUUCCUCACGGCUACACUACACGUUCCAAGUUGUAUCCAGUCUCCCCAACUCAGCAAGACACAAUGGCACCCGCAAAGGCAGUUUUGACCAGCAAGGCCCCCAAGCCUAUCCCGCAGCUGUCCCAGGCCGUGGUGUACAAUGGCAUGGUCUACUGCUCUGGCAGUCUCGGUAUCGACCCCGCCACCGGAAAGAUGGUCGAGGGAACUGUUAAGGACCGGACGAGACAGGUCUUCAAGAACCUCUCGGCCGUCCUCGAGGCGGCUGGCAGCAGCCUCAAGAACGUUGUCAAGGUGAACGUGUUCCUCACCACCAUGGACAACUUUGCUGCCAUGAACGAGGCUUAUGACGAGUUUAUCACCUCUGCGCCCAAGCCAUGCCGUACUUGCGUUGCUGUUGCCCAGCUGCCUUUCGGCAGUGAUGUUGAGAUUGAGUGCACUGCUUAUCUGAAUGCGCCGAUCGCAAAGCUUUAAAAUCGGAUAGAAACUUGAGUUAGUCAACAAUGUCAAGUUUUACAAAAGUUUAAGUUUAUCGUUUUGUCCCACGUCCUGCUUUAACCAAUGUAGUACCGGCAACUUUCCUCACCCAGUACGGCAUCUUUC